GAUCAGUUAUCUUCAACGAAAGGCUAGAUACUACAAAGUGCUACGACAUUGGGACUCCAGCUGACACAUAAUUGCCGCAUGUUGUGGAUCUUGCUAAUCAACUCAUCUAACAUGAGGGCUAUGUCUAUGGGGGUAGAAGAUAUAUAAUGGCAAGGAAGUCACCCUGAAGCAUCUCAAUUUCAAAACACACACACACACACACACACACACACACACACACAAUUCAGAAGUAUCUAUCCUUUGAUCUGCAACCCUUCAACCCUUUCGUUGAUCAAGCAAAAUGAAGCCCAUUCUCUUCUCGACUUUGUUACCACUCGUCCUGGCUCUACCAGGCCCUCAGACACAGCCAGCAGAGGGAAAGCUACCCUGGAAGAAGGGCAGCGUAUGUCUUGCGCUGACGGAAGACUGUAUGGGAACAAUUGGGUGGUGUAACCUCGAGGCACAACGCAAGAAAGAGUUUGGCGCUCGUGAAAAUUGCCUUGCUCAAAGAGAGCGCCGUCCCGCUGAUGCACCUAAACUUCCCUGGAUGAAAGGUACCGGUUAUGACUGUGCAUAUGCUCUCACUCCGGAGGAAAGAUGUUAUGGCACUGCACUUUUCUGCCGUGAGGGACUUUACCCGCAGGGUCAAUAUACCGACGAGAAGGAAUGCUUGUCUGACAGAGAGGACGCUCCUGCAGAUGCCAAGAAGAAGCAGGAUCUGCCAGGCGAAAAGCCGAAGGCCAAGAAGCCAUUCCUUCAGCCUGCACCCGACAGCGACACUUCGUGCAUGACCUUCGACCGCGGCAGUGAGCGCUGUGUUGGAACGAAGUAUUACUGUACCAAUGACAUCAUGAAGUUCCCCUACACCGACGAGGAUGGCAGCGUCUACAAUAGUGCCGCUGAGUGUCUCGGCGCCCGUGAACCUGAGCCUCAAUCUGCCGACUCUGAUCGCAUUGUAUUCCCUGACAACUAGAAUCCGAGAUUGAAGUUGUCCCCAGCUGCGUGCAUACUAUGACUUAGCAGCCCACGGUAGCAUUCGGAACCAAGGAAGAAAGCUGGUGAGAGUUUCGAACGUAUCUAUUUGUCUAUACUUGUUUUAUCAGAUGUCUGGCGGUAGAUUCAACAUCUAGGCCAGUUAUACAGUUUUGCUUUUAGUUUGCUUUCAAUUCAUAAACAUGCCGAGAGACGCAGGCCCCCGCAGACCAUCCUGUAUAUGUAUUCACGUUGUAGCAACCUCUGUUCAAACAUAGAAUUCACGAUCGAGGAAGAACAGGGAAUCGAUGUCUAGUUUGCUA